AUGAGUCAAGUACGGACAUGGAUUAACACCUCUUGUCUCACGUCGAUUUUUGAAGUUGCGAGGAGUUCGACCUUGAACGACCAGCCGAGGACGAGUGACCUGCUGGAAACCGCGCCGCGCACACCACCAUCACUCGCGAAUGGCGGAACUCCAGCAAACCGAGUGGAAAUGAAAAUUAUUUGGGCGAUUGUUCGAGGACGAGGCCCUCAAUUACUCGAUUUUUCACGCGCUCACAGCCUGCGCUCCAGUCGAGAGCCGGUCGAGCGGUUGACUGGCGGUAGACGCCGGAACGAUGUGGUUGUCAUUGUCAAGCCUGAUCCAGUCCGCGCCUCGACCCACAUUUCUGACGACAGAGUAAACAGAGAAAAGCGUAUUUGCGUUCGAAUAAUGUAUGCGUUCAUCGCCGUGUGA